AUGGUCAGAGAAGACCGCAGCAUAGAAGACGAGACACCGCAAUUCACAUCCGAGGGGCAAGAACGAGGCCUCUCCGUCACUGAUACUGCAUACAAAUCUGGGUCCGAAAUCUCGGGUAGCGAGUUCCUUCACCUCCGUGUCAUAUGGAAGUAUUACCAAAAUACAAACGACCUGGGCCACAUGAUAAAAGACAGCCCCGACCUGGACAGCCCAUAUCGAGGAUAUGUCUCACCACAAAAUCUCAACCUCGCAAACAAGGUCUAUGACUCAAGCAAGGCUUACUGGAAGGCCUAUUUGGAUGACAUCGCAUCCGGGACAGAAAGUCUUCGGCCUGCACGAGACUGCCGCGACUGGAGGGCUGCCAGAUACUAUCAGAUUCUGACCAUGAAGCACACCAAGAACGUUAAAGAGCCCUCACUCGAUCAGAUCACAAGGGCUUCUAAGGUGCGGACGUGUCAGGGCACUCAGCCGAGUUCGCAUAACAAGUCACUCGGCACCCCUCAAGCUGCCCUCGGAAGGUCGCCAAUGGUGACAAAUUACGCGAUGGGCACCGGCAACACAGCCAACACUCCAUCAGCAGAUGAAGACUCAAUCAUAUUGUCAUACACCCUCCAGGGCUCGGCAGGGAUUCCAAGGAGACCAUCCAAUUGCUUCAAGCACAAGUAG